AUGAACCGCGAAGCCGCGGCAAGCGCCUGGGACGAGCGCCAGGCUAUCCUCAACGAAGCCAUGGCGAAACACCGUGAGAACGUAGCUCGCGCAAACGCGGCAUUGGAAGCUGGAGACGGCUUCAUCGUCGACCGCGCCGGCGACGAUACCAACGGUACCUUCGGGACCGGUGGCGCCGAGGACCCGUGA